CCCAGGCCCAGGCCCAGGAGGACACAGACUCCUGAGCUUGCAGGCAGCCGGAGACCCUGGCCUGCCCAGCCGCAGCCACAGGCUUGGGAACCCUGGUGGAGCCAAGGAGGAGUUCCUCCCCAACUCAGCGCUAUAGCCUUCGGGUCCCUGAAGACUCCAGAUUGGAAGAGAGAAUCGCCCAACUGUUUUCAGGGACUACACACCACAGACGUUAGGGGACAGACUUUGUGGCCAGAAACCCGUGAGGAAGAUGCCUCUGUCCCCAGGAAGCAGGAGGUAGAGAGGUCCCCUGUAGGCUGUUGGGGGAUCCCACUGCCUGGUUCUCACCAUGAGGGAUCUGCUGGCACCGUCUCGCCCUUGGGUCUGGCUAUUCUGGUCCUUCUGCAGUUUCCAGGUGUGUGGCACUCAGCCUGGGGCCCAGGAACAUCCAGGGUUUGCGGUCUUGGCUUCUGCUUCUCAUUACUGGCCGUUGGAAGAUGUGGAAGGUAUCCUUGAACUUCAGGACACAACUGGAGCGUUGCGAACCCUCAACCUCACUGUGCCUCCCUCCCACAAUGCUACCUUUGUCUUUACCAAUGACUCUGCCUACUCCAACUUCUCUGCGACUGUAGAUAUCAUGGAAGGGAAGGUCAACAAAGGCAUUUAUCUCAAGGAGGAGAAAGGUGUGACGUUCCUCUACUAUGGCAGCUACAAAUCCUCCUGCAUUAGCAACCCGGCCCAGUGUGGACCUGAGGGAGUGACAUUUUCUUUUUUCUGGAAGACUCAAGGGGAGCAGUCCCGACCAGCCCCCUAUGCGUAUGGGGGACAGGUUGUCUCUGACGGAUUCAAAGUCUGCUCUAGUGAUGGAAAGGGCUCGGUGGAGCUGUACACACGAGAUAACUCCAUGACGUGGAAGGCCACCUUCAACCCUCCAGGUCCUUACUGGACUCAUGUCCUGUUCACGUGGAAAUCCAAGGAGGGCCUGAAAGUCUACGUCAACGGGACUCUGAGCACCUCGGACCCGAGCGGGAAAGUGUCUCAUACUUACGGGGAUCCCCGUGUCAACCUGGUGAUAGGGUCUGAGCAGGACCAGGCCAAGCGCUACGAGAACGGCGCUUUCGAUGAGUUCAUCAUCUGGGAACGUGCGCUGACUCCCGACGAGAUCAAGAUGUACUUCACAGCUGCCAUUGGUAAACACGCUCUGCUGUCUUCAGCAUCGCCAGCGAUGCCCACAGCACACACCGUGAUGCCCACAGAUGCCUACCAUCCCAUCAUCACCAACCUGAUGGAGGAGAGAAGGUGCUUCCAGAGACCCGAGACCGUGCUGCGAUACCUUCAAAACGUGUCCCUCAGCUUGCCCAACAAAUCCCUCUCAGAGGAAACUGCACUGAACUUCACAGAGACCUUCUUAAGAACCGUGGGUGAGGUGCUUCUGCUGCCCAGCUGGACCCAUGUAUCAGAGGACAACACCAUGGUGCUGGGCCUAGUCAACACCAUUGACACCAUCAUGGGCCACAUAUCAUCCAACCUGCGGCCCAGAGAACCCCAUGUCACCCUCGCAGGCUCUUCCUCCAUGGCAGAUUUCUCCAUAGCCAAGGUCCUUCCGACAGCACUGAGCAUCCCCCACUAUAGAUUCCCAGCCCAUGGGCACAGCUACAUUGAGAUUCCGAGAGAGGCCCUUCACAGCCAAGCCUGGACCACGAUUGUCGGACUUCUCUACCACUCCAUGCACUAUUACCUGAACAACAUCCCCCCAGCCAGCACAAAGAUUCCAGAGGCUGUAAACUGCAGAGACUGCCUGCUGUCUGUCGCCAGCCACCUGAUCUCCCUGGAGGUAUCCCCACCACCCACGCUGUCCCAGAACCUGUCCGGCUCUCCUCUGAUCACUGUCCAUCUUAGGCACGAACUGACCGAUAAGCAGUACAUCGAUGCCACCAAUGAGAGCAACCGCCUCUUCCUGUAUUGUGCCUUCCUUAACUUCAGCUCUGGGGAAGGCGUCUGGUCCAGCCAGGGCUGCGCACUCACAGAGGGAAACAUCAACUACUCGGUGUGCCACUGCACACAUCUCACCAACUUUGCCAUCCUCAUGCAAGUGGUCCCACUGCAGCUCACACGCGGACACCAGGUGGCGCUGUCGUCCAUCAGUUAUGUUGGCUGCUCUCUGUCCGUUCUCUGCCUGGCUGCCACGCUGGUCACCUUUGCAGUGCUGUCUUCUGUCAGCACCAUUCGGAACCAGCGUUACCACAUCCACGCCAACCUGUCCUUCGCUGUCUUGGUGGCCCAGGUCCUGCUGCUCAUCAGCUUUCGUGUGGAGCCUGGCACGGUGCCGUGCCAGGUGCUGGCUGUUCUCCUGCACUAUUUCUUUCUGAGUGCCUUUGGCUGGAUGCUGGUGGAGGGACUCCAUCUCUACAGCAUGGUGAUAAAAGUCUUCGGGUCAGAGGACAGCAAGCACCUCUACUAUUAUGGGAUAGGCUGGGGGUGCCCUCUCCUCAUCUGCAUCAUCUCCGUGUCCUCCUCGAUGGACAGCUAUGGGACAAGUGACAGCUGCUGGUUGUCACUGGGGAGUGGUGCCAUUUGGGCCUUUGUGGGCCCUGCUCUGCUGGUCAUUGUGGUCAACAUCGUUAUCCUGGUUGCCGUGACAAGGGUCAUUUCGCACAUCAGCACUGACAACUACAAGAUACACGGGGACCCCGGUGCCUUCAAGUUGACAGCCAAGGCUGUUGCUGUACUGCUGCCUAUCCUGGGGACCUCAUGGGUGUUUGGGGUGCUUGCUGUCAGUGACCGGGCCCUGGUCUUCCAAUACAUGUUUGCUGUCCUCAACUCCUUGCAGGGCCUCUUCAUCUUCCUCUUUCACUGUCUCCUGAACUCAGAGGUGAGAGCAGCCUUCAAGCACAAGACCAAGGUCUGGUCUCUCACGAGCAGCUCUGCCCGUACCAUGAACACGAAGCCCUGCAGUUCAGACACCGUCAACGGGACCCGGCCAGGCACAGCAUCUACAAAGUUAAGCCCGUGGGACAAGAGCAGCCAUUCUACCCACCGUGUGGACCUAUCUGCUGUGUGAACAGAGAGGCUGCCAUUCAAAACAAGUGCCUUCCUUGAAGCAAAGAAAAAAAAUGUACACCCUGCCUCCAUCAUGGGCCCCUCUCCUCUUUGCUGCCUCGGCCUGGGAUAACGGCCCCUACCUAAGACUGUGCAAAAUGUCCUGCCUAGCACUGCAAGUUGACUCAGGGUGGUGUGGUCACUGAUGGUAUGGCCAUCCGUCCCUGGUGUGGUAGGCACUUCUGUCAUCUGUGGACACCAGAGCUCAA